UCCUGCUUGCUGCUGGGAAGACCUGGACCGCCAGGCCCCCCACUUGCCCCAGGAAGACACACUGCCACGUAGGGAUCCACCCAGCCUCUAAGCCCUGUCCGCAGGUGCCCCCUUGGCCGUGGCCUCCGUGCCAGGGGACAUGGAAACGGGUGUGGCUUGGAAGACAGCUGGAGGUGGUGACAUGCCCCUUGUCAUGCUUGGGUCGGGUCAGGGGUGCUGGCAGCCUGGCCACACUGGUGUGGAAAGCCGACUUUGAUGUGGGUCUUCUGGAUUAUUACUCGGGCUGGCAGCGAGGGCCGAAGGUUGUUUAAGAGCCAUGUGUUGAUUGUUAUGUUAGCAGUGGACUGGGAGGCCCCGGAGGUUAGGAGCUGGUAACAGCUGUAUCUGUGUUGCAGGGGUUGUCAUCAUUACUCAGCUGCUUAUUCCUAGCCAGGAAUUCGCCUCUCCAGGGCCCCUAGAAGCACAGAGGUGAUUUUCUUUAUCUCCCUGAAUGUCUGCUCCAGAUUUGGCAGGUGACAUCCAGGGAAAUUUGCAGAAAGGGCAGUCACACUAGUUAGCAUAUGUUCAGGGCACUGGCCCUGUCUUUCCUUUUUAUCCCUGAUGCACAGGUGGCACCUGUAAAUGUUUGCUUAGUUGCCUUGAGGAUUAUGCAGGGUUUUUUAAAUUUAAAGGGCCACAGCCAGAGAGAAGAUAAGACAAGAUCAAGAAGUCUCACAAAGAUUUACCUUUGUCCUUGUGGGAACUUUGGUGGCGAAGCUGUUAACCUGGCUGCUAACCAAAAGCUCAGCAGUUCGAAUUCACCAGUUGCUCCUUGGAAACCCUAUGGGGGCAGUUCUACUCUGUCCUGUAAUGUCGCUAUGAGUCCAAUCAACUCUACAGCAGCAGGUUUUUUUGUUGUUGUUGUUGUUUCUGAGGGUUGAUCCUCAUCUAGUCUUCUCAAUGCUCCAAUAAAGCCUCUGUGUGAAGUGCUUAUCGGGUAGGGAGUGCUCUGCUUAGAAGUCUGUGUCUCCCUGUGAACAGGGCUGGAACCAAAUCUCCUUCAUCUUCAGCUCCCCUGUUGCCUCAGCCUGGGCUGGGUCCUCCGUAAGUGUUUGUUAAAAUGAACGAAAUUGCUGUUGUUGGAGCAAUAGACAUGAACUAACACAGUGGUUUUCGUUCAGGUUAAGGGUGACCUUUCUGGGAUGCAGAAGCAAUCUAGAAAUCUAGGCACAGUUUUCAUAACAGUAAUAAAAUUCACCCCCUGGAUCCACAAGUUUACCUCCAGGUGGGCCUUGCCAGCUCUCGCUAACCACACCUGCCAGGGCUGUCCAGGAGGCCCCAGUCACCUUGGGCACACAGUUCUGCUCCUAAUUCUCAUUACCACCCAAGCCAACCUCAGAACACACAUUUCAGAGUUUGCCCUUGGGUGGUUUCUGGUUUAAAGUACAUAAGGACAGCGAAGCCAUUUGUAAAAAAGCACUUAUACAAUACUUACCUUUGAAUGUUUUACCUAUGUGAGCAUACCUUUUGUGUUACGACAACUCUGUAAGUGGCAGAAAGAGACCUUUCCAACUUGAAGCAGUAAUUUCAGGGCAGUAAUUUAUCCUUCCAAAUUGAGAUAAUAUCAGACAAACAAAACCUCAGGCUUUUUACUAAGAAACUACUUGAAUUCAUUAUUCAGUAGUUUUCUUUAUUCCUUCAGCACACGUUUCUUGGGUUCAUAUUUCACCGGAGGACGAACUGCGCCGUAUUUUGUGGAUUUAAAGUUGAGUAACAUUUGGUCUCUGCCCUUGAGGGGCUUGCAGUGUAUAGAGGAGACAGGCAGGUAAAUUCACCUGGUAGGUGCUCCCCAGGUGGCCACAGGCUUGCUCUGGGUGUGUGGAGGACUGACUUCCAGCUGGACUUUGGUGCAGGGUGUCUGAGAAGGGCUUAAGCUGAGUUUUGAAGGAUGGUUAAGAGUGGCAAGAACAAAUAAGGGAAAAGGGCCUUCGAACAAAGGAAAGGCACAUGUGAAGGAAGAGGCCCAGUUACCACACACCGCUGCUGGAGAAGAGCAGUGCGGAGCUCUGUGUGGCUGGAGUGUGAGGCAGAAGAGUUUGACUCUUUUCCUGAGAGCAAUGGGAAGCCACCAAAGGAUUUAAGGCUUGUAAAUGACCUUGUCAGGCUUGUGUUUUCUAACGAUGACCAGGCAGUGGUGGCCGGGAUGACCUGGGGAAGGGCUGCACUGGGCCUAGGGGACUGGUGGAGGGGCCCCUGCAGCACACCAGUGAGACAAAAGGCACAGCACUAUGGAAGAGAAGGAGGAGACAGAUAGGAGUUCCCAGGAGACUGAUUGGUUGCCUGGGUGGGAAAGCCAGGGGGAAAGGAGGACUUCAGGAACGCCUUCAGGUGAGCGACUGGGUGGCAAGAGAGCGGGACUAGGGACAGGUGGCGAUAAGACAGUCAAAGGUCAGUUAGAUGUAUACAGGUGUGGAGCCAAGGAGAAAGCACUGGGCUGGAGAGUGAUUUGUUUAAUUUCUGGGUGGCCUUGAAGUGGAAGUGAGUUGGAUCUUCCCAGGAGAAUGUAUGGAGUGAGAAAAGAAGAGAAAAAGAAAACUGAGCCCCAGAGACUCCUUAUAUCUUAAAACACAGAAGGCCGAUUAAUAACCCAUUGCUUUUCUUGGGGGGAAAGGAUAGUGGGCUUUUGAUUUUUAUCACAGAGGCCUGGCUGCUUUGUUAGAGCAAAGGACAGGAUGGAUGUAAGAUAGAAAGCUCUUGCCAUGGAGUCUAUUCUGAUUCAUGGUAACCCCAUGUGUUACAGAGUAGAACUGAGCGCCACAGAAUCUUCUUGGCUCCUGGGUGGCUUCGAACUGCCAGCCUUCCAGUUAGUAGUCAAAUGCAAAUUGUUUGUGCUACCCAGGGACUUACGUAAGAUAACGGUGCAAAAUCACCCUGUUCCAGGUUCCUUUCAGGGCCCUUCUGUCUCUAAUGGGAGUCACUUACCUAAAGGAUCGUAUUUUCCUCCAGACUGAGGGUUGGUCCUCAUGAAAACGAGCCUUCUCAGCCUGAGAUCCUGGCCAGCAGAGUCCUUAGAGUCCAUGCAUAGAAGGCUUCAGAAAUGAGUGUGGGAUCCCCUCCCGCUCCUUCCAGGACCCUAUUGGUGCCUGGGCAUUAGCAGCAGAGAGAGUCUGGGAAGAGCCCAGUGAGAAUGCAGAGGCUAAAUGCAAGGGUGUCCCCGACCCCCUCCACCCCGCACCCCCCGCUGAGGGGCAGCUGGGGAGAGGGGAAGGUGAGAGCGCCAGGAAGGCUGAGGUUGUAAAGGAGCCACUAUCUGCCUGCAGGUGACUGUGCCUGGCUGUUAACAGCUGUCUUUAUCUCUGACAACUUGCUCACCCAGGGGCACGUGUGUGGGCUGUGGGGUCCUUCCCCAGCGUCUAGCUGCUCUUGGGCUACACCUGCCACAUAGGCACAGAGUGGGUUCUUGCUCCUCUCCACUCUGGGGAGGUCUCCUGCACCCAGGAACACACAGGAAGACUUGGAUUGUUUCCCCUGAUCUGAAACUGUGUGUUGGCCUAAUUGUUACACAGUUUUAAGUAGGCUCCUGCACACACUGAAAGUUGUUGUUUACCAUGGUGAUUAUGUUACCUACGGAAGCCUUUCUACAGUUCCUCCCACCAGCAUCCCCCUCACCUCCAUCCCUGCUGCCUUUCCUUGCUUCACUUCCCCUCAUGCUCUAACGCUCCUCCACAGUUUCUUUUCUGGGAAGGGUCAUUCUGGCCUUUUUAUCUCGGUAAACCCCUGGGCCUCUGAGGAACCCCCCCGUCCUGUCUCUGGCAUCUGGUCCUAUCUUCCUGGGUGUUUCCUCCUCCUUUCCUCAACGGCCCAGGGAAUCCCAGGCCCCUGCAUCAGGCUCUUUGGCAUCUUGGUCCCCAUGAGGCUGGACCAUAAACCAAAAAAAACAAACUUGUUGCCAUUGAGUCCAUUCCGAUUCGUGGUGACUGCAUGUGUUACACAGCAGAACUGAGCUCCAUAGGGUUUUCUUGGCGGUAAUCUUAACGGAAGCAGUUUGCCAGGCCUUUCUUCCACAGAGCUGCUGGGUGGGUUUGAACUGCCAACCUUUUUGUUUGUUGUUGAACACAAACUACUUGCGCCACCCAGGAAGCCGCUGGACCGUAGCAUUAUUAGGACUGUCUUUUAAGCGCAGCCACAAAGUACACGCUCCCUGGCCUACCCUUCCCCAGGGCCCUGAAUGCUGGGCCCUGGAUGAGGUUGUUCUCCCGUGGCCUUGUCUGCGCUGUGCCUGCCAUUUCAUGGGGCUGAGGCCUCCUCACCCUUCAGGGCCCAGCUAAGGCAUGACUUGGCUUAGGGAAGCCUCCCCUGGCCUGUCUUUCCUUCUGGGAUGGGGGCCCAGACACCCAUGUUUGCCUGUGUCAUAGCACUUGCCACUUCGAAUUGGCACAGCCACUCCAUCUGUAUUCCCCACAGCUGGAGCUAGUGGAGGGCUGAGGCUGGGCUUUUCAUCCUUGUCUUCCAGCACUGGGUUCAGGCGUUCAAGAAGCGCUUCUUGGGUUAAAAUGAUUAAGCCUGCAAAACUCCAUCCCAGGCCCAGACCUAAAAAUAGAAUACUCACUGAGAACCUACUGUGGGCCAGCCUUCCAAGGCACACCUGUAGCAGGCACCUCACUUGGAACUCACACUGAUCAAAUUUCUAGUGCUGUUGAUAGUGGCCUCCUUGUCCUCUGGUUAUUUUUCUGUGAGGCUGGCUGGCUUAUCCUGUGGUCUGGGAAUGUUUUUCAUGACCAGCUGUUGGGAGGUCCCUUCCAGCCAGAAAAUAAAGAUCUGAAAUUAGCAGAGCUCCAUUCUAUGUGCAGCCUUUUCUAUGUGCAGCCUUUUCUAUGGGCAGACCGGACCAGGCUCAGGGAAAGGUGUGGUGCCUGCCAAAAGGACCCAGGGAUCCUUCCGAGGUGCCAGCCAAGGCCUGGACGCAAACUGCCCUGCUCUCGGUGCCGCUCAGUAGGCUGUAGGCUCUCCUGUCAACACUUGCAUUUGAACUUCCAACCAGGGACAGGCCGGAGGGCCAGUCAGCUGGCCCAAGGUGCUGUGACUAACACCUCAUUAGUGGCUACACCCCUGUUGUACUGGGCUUUGUCUGCCAUUGUGUGCCACCAGCAAAGGCCACACUGUCAGGUCCCUGGGCAAUUAGCUACCUGAUCGUCCCUGUGGCACUCUAGUUACCUCGAAUAUUUGGGAAAUGCCGACUAUUUGGGAAAUGGGAAAUGCCAACGCUGGCUUCACAGCUGAGGCAGAAGCUCACCUAGCUUUCCUGUUCUGUGAAGCUGAUGGCUGGGAGGGUCACAUGCCUGGAACACGUUGCACAAUGCUCCCUGUGGUCAUUUGGCCUUUAGAAUUAAAUGUUCCUCUUGGGCCAGGAAAUCCUGAUGGUGUAGUGGUUAAGUGCUAUGGCUGGUAACCAAAAGGCCAGCAGUUUGAAUCCGCCAGGCGCUCCUUGGAAACUCUGUGGGGCAGUUCUCCUCUGUCCUAUAGGGUUGCUAUGAGUCGGAAUCAACUCAACAGCAGUGAGUUUGAUUUGGUUUUGGUUCUUGGGCCAGAGUGGUUUGCGAAGUUUCUGAGCCUCUGCCUGUUCCCUUCUUGUGCUCUUCCUUCGCAGGUAGGCCGGGGAGAGUGGGCACCCAGGUUCAGAAGUCUAAUAGGAGAGAUGGACCUGUUGGCAGCCUGGUGCAGCGGUGUGCCAAGAAUUAAAGCAGAUUGGGACAAGGAGCCGUGGAGUCAGGGAGCUCAGCAUGCCCAGGAGGUCGAGGAGGCCUUGAGAGGUGGGGGAAGGGCAUUUGAAGUGGAUUGGACCAAGAGGAGAAAGGGAUAAGGGACAGGUGUAUCCUCCUUUGCGGCGACGACCUGUCCCCCUGAGUGUAGCAGGGGAACUAUAGCAGAUGCCUAGGGCCAGAGUUCCUGAGGCUAUAUUUGGAGGGCAGGUGGGCCCGAUCCUGAAGGGUGGGGGACUUGGGAGAGCAGCGGCCCCAUGAAGCCCCAAGCCAGGCCGAUGUGGCUGCAGGUUAGCUGAGGUGUGCAACAUCACAAGUCACCUGGAGACUCCUGGGCAGCUGUGGAGAUAGGCAGCCAGAGUCCCCAAGAGGAUUCCUCAGUGCAGACUGAGGAGAGGGAGGAUGCUAAAACACCCUGCUAGUACAGGGGAAGAGCCAGGUGGAGGGCCAGGUGCUGAGAAGUGGCAGCCAGCCAUGUAAGGGGAAACCCUGAGGGUGAGCUCUCAGGUAGCCCAGGAGAGGUGCAGAACAGAGUGAGAGCCCCAUGUGUGAGCUUCACAGAGGCUGUGAGAUAAGGAGAAAAGGCCCACGUGCAUCUGUUAGAUUUGGUGGGCAGGGUGGGAGACAGGGCUGCAGCCAGCUUCUGGCAGAAAUUGACUGGAAGGAGUGACAGGGAGGAAGUAGAGCCAGGCUGGCCGCAAGUUCCCUGAGGGGCAGGGACCUGCAGAGAGGGAGCACUGAAGAUACCCCAGGAGGUGCAGCCCAGGACCCAGUGGAGGCCUUGAGCGUAGGCCCAUCCGGGGUGGGAGGAGAUGAACACGAAGGUCAGAGAGAUGAGGAAUCCUUGCUGCUGGCCCCUUUCUGGGGAGAGUGGGAGAGGAGCUGGCAGGAUGAGCUGGGGUGGGCACUGAAACUGGAAGCUGGCCCCACAGGCACAGGAGAGGCUGCUGGCUGGGGCAUGAUAUCCCCUGGCAGUUAAGCACGAUGCACGGCUCAUGGCCAAGCUGCCUCUGGUGCGGUCUUGCCAGGGCCGAGACUGGAGGACAAGGAGGUACACCGCUGAAGGUUUGAGGUUUGGCAGGAAUGGUCUCGGCUGGUAGAGGAGGGGUGAUGGACGGCAGGCUCUGGUAUGGCGGACAGGAGGUGGGAGCAGGAGCAGGAAGAGCCCUGGGGUGGGAGUGAGGACAGAGCGGAAGUUUGAAUACACGUCAGGGUGCGGCAUUUCACGAGGUGGCCAGCGGAUACAGAGGUAGACACGUAAAGGCAUCUCAAGUCAGGGACCCCAGAGCCAGGGUUGCAGCUGUGGCAGAGUAAGAGCUGGGCAGGGUCCUGGGGAGAGCUGGAAGAGAACAGGUGCCUUCAGGGAGCGAGUUCCAUAGCAAGAAGAAAGGUAGGAUGGGGCAUGAACAGCCAGCAGUAUGGAAAAGGAGGCCUGGAAGAGAACUGGGACCAAGGGGCACCUCAGCCAGGGAGACAGUGACCACUGGUCACCCAGGCCAGACAUGAGUCAUCCAGCAGCGGAGGUCCUCACUGAACAGUUGGACGUUGGAAAGUGCCUGCCUGGGGCCUCCUGUCCCCACUGAGAACUGCUGACCUCCCACUGAGACGCGUGGACUCCGGAUACAGGCCCUCCACUCAGGCUCUUGGAUCCCCCUCGCCCAGGUGUCUGCUGGCCCAGCAUUUCCGAAAGCUGCCUCUGCAUCCUUUCAGGCCCCACCUUCUGUCGGUUCCUCCUGUCACCAGAGAGAUCCUUCCGUCAUGAAAGCUUGAUUGUGAUUCUGUCUUCACCAGGCAGGAGGCCCUGGAAGCCCCUCAGUGGGACACGGGCCUCUGUGGGCACCUCCAUGCUUGCCUCCCCACCCCACCUCCUCUGCAGACUCUUCCUGGCUAGGCCCAAAGCUGGAGCCAAAAGACACAAAGUACUAUCCCACCUUCCAAAUUCAGGGAGCUGCCAGCAGCUGGGCCCGGCCACCUCCCCAUGGGGCUGCAGCGUUGCUGGCCUUGAGGCAUGGGAUGGCAAACAAGGCAGCAGAGAGUCCUCUAAGAGGUGGCUGCAGGAUUUAGCUGCUCUCUGGUCCCCUUCGGGGGAGGGCAGACACCCCCAGCAGGCAGCACAGGGUUCUCCUUGUGGACGCACCCUGAACUAUGGACUCCCUGGGGUACAACUGCUUCGUGGACCAGGACAAGAUGGACGCAGCCAUCCAGGACCUUGGCCCGAAGGAGCUGAGCUGCACAGAGCUGCAAGAGCUGAAGCAGCUGGCACGGCAGGGCUACUGGGCACGUAGCCACACUCUGCGGAGCAAGGUGUACAAGCACCUGAUCGGAGACAUCCCCUGCCGCACGGUCACACCUGACGCCAGCGUCUACAGCGACAUCGUGGGCAAGAUAGUGGGCAAGCACAGCAGCAGCAGCCUGCCCCUGCCUGAGUUUGUAGACAACACGCAGGUGCCUAGCUACUGCUUGAACGCACGAGGUGAGGGGGCCGUGCGCAAGAUCCUGCUGUGCAUUGCCAACCAGUUCCCGGACAUCUCCUUCUGCCCUGCGCUGCCAGCCGUGGUGGCUCUGCUGCUGCACUAUAGCAUCGACGAGGCUGAGUGCUUCGAGAAGGCCUGCCGCAUCCUGGCCUGCAACGACCCCGGCAAGAAGCUCAUCGACCAGAGCUUCCUAGCCUUUGAGUCGUCCUGCAUGACCUUCGGGGACUUGGUGAACAAGUACUGCCAGGCAGCCCACAAGUUGAUGGUGGCUGUGUCAGAGGAUGUGCUGCAGGUCUACUCCGACUGGCAGCGCUGGCUCUUUGGAGAGCUGCCCCUCAGCUACUUCGCCCGUGUCUUCGAUGUCUUCCUGAUCGAGGGCUACAAGGUGCUGUACCGCGUGGCCCUGGCCAUUCUCAAGUUCUUCCACAAGGUGAGGGCUGGGCAGCCCCCCGAGUCAGACAACGUGAGGCAGGACAUCCGCAUGUUCGUCAAGGAUAUCGCGAAGACAGUGUCUCCCGAGAAGCUGCUCGAGAAGGCGUUUGCUAUCCGGCUCUUCUCUCGGAAGGAGAUCCAGCUCCUGCAGAUGGCCAACGAGAAGGCACUCAAGCAGAAGGGCAUCACUGUCAAGCAGAAGAGGCAGUUUGUACACCUGGCUGUGCACGUGGAGAACUUUCACUCAGAGAUUGUCAGCGUGAAGGAGAUGCGGGACAUCUGGUCAUGGGUGCCUGAGCGCUUUGCCCUCUGCCAGCCCCUGCUGCUCUUCUCCUCGCUGCAACACGGCUACAGCCUGACCAGGUUUUAUUUCCAGUGUGAAGGCCAUGAGCCCACUCUCCUGCUUAUCAAGACCACACAGAAGGAGGUCUGUGGAGCGUACCUGUCAACAGACUGGAAUGAGAGGAAUAAGUUUGGGGGCAAGCUGGGCUUCUUUGGGACAGGAGAGUGCUUCGUGUUUCGGCUGCAGCCUGAGGUCCAGCGCUACGAGUGGGUGGUCAUUAAGCACCCGGAGCUGACCAAGGUGUCAUCCCUGAUGCCCUCAGAGACCACUACCAACCCCGCCCAGCCUGGCCACUCCACCUCCACAGACCCUGCCGACCGCCUCUCACCGUUCUUAGCUGCACGCCACUUCAACCUGCCCUCCAAGAUGGAGUCCAUGUUCAUGGCUGGGGGCAGCGAUUGCCUUAUCAUAGGUGGUGGGGGUGGCCAGGCGCUCUUCAUCGACGGGGACCUGAACCGGGGUCGGACGGGGCACUGUGACACUUUCAACAACCAGGCUCUUUGCUCCGAGAACUUUCUCAUCGCUGCCAUUGAGGCAUGGGGCUUCCAAGACCCUGACAUCCAGAACCCGGGCCAGUGACAGCCCGUGCUGACAGUGACCAAGCCACCGCUCCGGGUGGGGGUUAGGGGAGAGCGAGCCAGUGGAGACAUCCAUGUGCCUGGUUAGGGUCAUGGGCAGCAUUUCCAUCCGGGCCCUCACCUGGCUCAUCCCUGGCUCCCUGAGCCCACCCACUACUGUCGGGGCUCAUAGGGGUGGCUGACCUGCCCCCCCAUGUUACCAGUCCUGGGCCUAGGCUUUAGGAAGGCCCCUGGGGGUCUCUGCUACUCCUGGGCACUUGGCACCUCCAUGCACACAGGGCCCUGGCUCCUUCUGUGGACGUGUCAAAGCUGAGGCCUCAGGGACUGGGCUGUAGCUGCUUGAGCCCUGGGGGCGGGGG